AUGUGGCUGUACUCAGUGCUCGAUGAGGUGGAAGUCAGAGGACAUGGAAAUGACACGGUUGUGCAGGAGACGCCGCGUGAGGAACCAGUCCAUCCACGCUGUCCCGUAGUAUUUCAACAUCCAACACUGUCAAGCUCUCUGGCCAGUUAUCGCCUUUGGAAAAACCUGGUUCAGAAACACUUCAUGGGAAUGAGUCAAUCCCUAACCGAGCAGUUGGAGUUGAUGGAGAAAGCUUCUUCCGAAGUAGAAACACAUGCGGUUGACACAUCAGUCAUCGAACUUAUCAACUGGCCAGUUUCUGGUUUCCGGGCCAAUAAUACCGCUGCGGUCGUAACCUCGCAAGACAUCGGCAGUUUUGUGUCCGUCAGCGGCGUUGGUAAAGGUGUACUACACUACGUAGGAGAGGUUCAUGGCAAAGAUGGGCUUUAUUGUGGGAUCGAACUGGACACACCAACUGGCAAACAUAAUGGAACAUAUCAAGAUUAUGCAGAUGUUCGGGCCAGUGUGUAA